GACCUUGAGAGGGCAAAAGAGCUUUUCCAAAACUACCUUGAUGGAUUCUUCAAGAUGCACCCCAAGCACAUCAAGCCAAAUAUCUACUACUCGACUCAUAUAUUUGACCAGAUCCCUGACUACGGCCCUAUGUAUGGCUUCUGGACGUACCUGUUUGAACGUCUGAACAACAUUCUGAAAGGCUACUCUGUGAACGGACAUGGCGGCGGUGAGCUGGAAGUAACCUUCUUCCGCAAGUUUAGCCGCCAAGUCAAGUUACGGUCCAUGUUGAAUAACCUUAGCGCGAUCUCUCUUGAAGGCGUGUCCCAAGAGGAUGUCGUGAUAAGAGACACGGCAUGUAUUCUUACAAAGGGUGACGGCGAAGCUCGCGGAACGGUCACUGACCUUGCGCGGGAUGCUGCGGUAAAAUCGGAGGAGAGUAAGCUGUCUCAUAUACACAUGAUAUGCAAACCUACUAGCUACUUUGUUCAGUGA